UCUCAGCACACAACUACAUAUCUCCAUUGUGAUUUGCCUUUCCCAUCCUCGCGUCCCCAUCCAUCACUGUAAAACAUACCAUGGACGCGAUAUUUGACUCUUUUCAGAAAGAGUUCUGCCCUCCGCUGGAUAGCUCCCUCCUUGCCGCUCUUCUCGCCGACAUUGACUACAAUCCAACCCCGGAUGAACCUUCCAUUGAUGCACAAAUCUCAGCCUUGCGCAGCAACCUCAUCGAGCUGGCAGCACACGCCGAUGAGUCCACAUUCGAAUCCUCGGCGGAAAUGGACGCGGCUUUUUCGUGUUCCGACGACACGAACAGUAACCGGGACUUCUGCACUACUACGCCUCCGACAAUCUCUUCGGGAUCUCCUUCGGACCGUAUAUCGCUGACCAUUAACACUCCGCUGGCGUUUUUGCAGAUGGUGCUGCCAAACGUAACUCGCGAGCGGCUAUUGAGCGCUCUUUCGGAGCAAGAAGAACACGAGAUUGACAUGUGGGACAUCAUCGCGACGAUUUUGUCUGAGGAGACUGAGCGGGAAUUACGGGAAAGAGAUCUGGAUGACGACGAGCUUGCUGCCUUGGCGGCGUUCGAGUCUGCUGCGCAAUGGGAGACAGUCGAGUAUCGGCCUAAGGCUGCGGUGAAGAAGAAGGCCAAACCGAAAGGAGAUCAGAAAAAGAUUGCGUUAUCGGACAUUCGCCAGCAGCAGCAUGUCGUGCGAACGGCAAAGCAGGACGGCACUUCGGUCAUUCCGUCCAAGAGAGACAACGAUACCAUCGAUCCCUGGGCGCGGCUUGCCUCGCUGGCGACUCAUGUCUCCAAUCAUCUCCCUCCACAUCAACCAUCGUUUUUCUUGUCCUUCUUCCAUGACCCUGCGAAGGGCAGCACGCCGUACGAGGCCCUGGUGGCUGCUUUGAGGAGCAUACGAUCCACAUCGAGCUCUUCUGGUGAAGAGGAAGACGCUGCCAGAGUUGAGGCAUUGUACACUCUGGUUGACAUCUUGCUUCCUUCAUAUCCUUCACCAUAUGCCUCGCUGCUUUCGGAUACCGAGCUGGCAUUGGCUGCCUCCCACGGUCGUGCCGACGACGCGCUUGAGCUGGUGCGAGUAUUGCGUGACCUGGACCAAGAAGGGGAAAUGGGACGAGGGGUUUUGUAUCACAGUCCAGUCGCCAAUGAACCUCAAUUCUUUGACUCGGGGUCCAAGCCUGCGCCUGUCGUGAAACGUAUUGCAUCGCUCCCUACUGGUCCGCCAAAUCCUCAGCCUCCUCCUCUCGAUCGAGGUUCCUCCACAACACCGGCCCAGGCGGCGAAAACUCGGGGCUGGCAAGCUGUCCCGUCGCGUUGGAAACCACAUAAUAUUCCCAAUCCGUCCAUACCCAAUGCCAAGCGCCACAAAACCCAGCCGUUCCACGUGCCUACUUACUCUCGGGACGUCAAUGGAGUCUCUUCUCGCCAAAGGGGGUCAAACAUCGACGUUUACCGGCUUCGAAUGGGAGAGAAUGUUCGGCGACGGAACGAAAUGCUGAGAGAAGCAGCACAGGCGUGGUCAAAGUUCCGUGGAGGUCUCGGGGGAGAAGCUGCGGGGUAUUAUGCCGAGCGCGCACGCGAAUUCGGCGAAAUGGCCCGACGUGAUUCACUUGACGCUGCUCGGAUGAUCGUUGAUUCUUCUCGCCAUCAGCGUGGAGGAGAUAUGUUGGAUUUGCAUGGUGUCACCGUGUCGGAGGCAGUGAUCAUUGUGAAUGAGGUGCUGUCGGAAGGUUCUUGGGGUGCAGACUCUCCACUGAAGAUCAUCACGGGCCGUGGCGCCCAUUCUGCUAAUAGUGUCAGUGUACUGAAGCCCGCUGUGAGGCGUGCUUUGGAAGCGGAAGGCUGGACAGUCAGCAGUUGGGACGGCGGCCUGAUUGUACGGGGAAGGAAGUAGCCAUAUCCUUAUAUUGCAUAUCAUAGACGACAAAUGUAGCCAAUAUCUCGAUGUAUCUCAAUUGCCCUGUAUAUGCUCUUGAAGACAAUGUAAUCGGACUUGAAAAGGGGGCCGAUCUCGACGGAGGUCAUCAGGACAUCAUGCCAGCUGCAUCUGCCAUUUGCCCAGCACUUGCUGCUUAUGUUCAUGCCUGGUGUCGCAGAUGUUACUAGUUUGCCUGCGAUGGAGGCCAUACAUCGCACACUAGCUUCAAGGGCUGAACAGGAGCGCUCUUGAAACCCACGCAAUAUAACACGUCUCUGCCCCAUCAGGGCUUGCGAUGCAGGGUAUGUCAGGGUAUGACUGGGGGAACGGACCAGUAUUACUUACAUGGGAAGCACGUGUGGUAAGCACUGUGGCAGUGCACCUGUCAUCGUGAUGGCGAUGACAUCGUCACGGGCAUUCAUUCACUCCUUCCCCAACACUCACAGUCAUGGGUCAGUCCGCGUCCCACCGCCGCCGCUCGGCAUCCCACUCUAAUCAUGGUAUCUCCACCCGUGGGGCGAGCGCCGACCGGAUUGCAUCUGCCUCUGCUCCCACAGAGCCAGCGCCUCGGACAGUAACGAGAACGAGGCGGCCGUCCAAGUCACGUUUCCGAAACAGUAUUCUCGGUCUUGUUGGGAAAAUGGAUGGCCGACGCAGCAGACGUGCAUCUUGCGCACCAGAGGAGCUUGACGUAGGGCUAGGGGCAGGUGAGCUCUCCUUCGGAGGGGAUGCUGUCGAGCCUCAGCUGCCCGACGUGCAUGCUGAGCAAGAGGAGGAGGAGGCGUUGCCACUGGUGCAGAAUUUCGAUGAGCCUCCUGUCGAGACACUGGUCGAAGACUUUGCGGAGACUGCUGAUGAGACGCCCGAGGUCCGCGAGCGAGCAGCUACACCCGUCCCAUACCAGCCCGCACUCCCUGUAUCUCCGCCCGUGACUCCGCCGGCUCGGACCUUCCCGCCCCAUGGCACGCUCGUAGUCGUCCAAGGUGUCGUUCAUACCACCGACAUCCAGCCAUCCAAUUCCAAUCCUAUUAACUCCAACCCCUCGGACACGGACGGCGCGAAUUCCCCCUCAGUGCCCAUCUCAAACAGCAGCAUUGACGUGCUGGGAACCCUUCUAACAGUCGCUGCACAGGCGACAGCUGCCUCACUGCUUUCGUCGGCAUCCGCCGCAUCAGCACCAUCAGCAUCCUCACCUUCAACACGUUCCGCUACACCGCCGACGGCAGCUGCCGAAUCCCUAGGUGAUGCAAGGGAGCCCUCUAUGGACUCGGACUCGUUGACUCCGACCACGGCCCCUACUUCGCUACCAGCAACACCAGCGUCUCCGGCGGCGUAUCCACAAGACGAACGGACCCGGAUGCUCUCGGAAAUGGCGCGUGCAUUCAAUGUAGGGCUGGGUCUCGGUCUCGGAAACAACCGAAAUGGCGGUGGCGCUUCGAUUUCGGACGCGAGCCCUACACCGGAUGAAGGGACGUUUGAACGGUUCCUCGUAGACCUGCAGGCUGAGUUGAGAGUCGCAUUGAGCGGGGCGGGACAGUCUGGUGGAGAGCAGGAAAACAGUCAUGAAGAUCAGGUCGAACAACCGGACGAGGACGGGGAAGCCGAGGACGAAGCCGAGGGCGAUGUCGACGAGGAAGACGGUGAUGACGGCGAGGACGAGGACGAGGACGAGGACGGUGAUGAUGAUGACGAUUCUACGGAACAAGGUUCAGAACCAUUGGAAACUCCGGCAUCGGACUCAGCCUCGACAUCGGAACCAUCCGGAAUCCACGCCCAGGAAGAGCUCAGAAGUGACGGUCUAUCCAUAACCCAUGAUGCUUCUCCUGUUGUUGAACCCUCACCACUAGGCAGGCCAGGUAUCGGGCUCAACUGGUGGCGCCUACAUCGAUUCCCUGCCAUUAAUUCUUCGACUGCAUAUUCAGCACUGGCCUUGGCUGGCUCCAACUCCAUGCCAGAGCAGGAACACCUUCCACAACCGGUCGCACAGCAGGAGCAAGAGACAGUUGUUACCAAUCAAGUAACCGCGGCUAUCCAGGAUGGCACAGCAGCAGAGGCGGCGACGUCGGCAUCAACUCGGGAUGGGCGAACCAUGAUUCCGGUCAUCCUGAUUGGAUUGCAGAGCGUGCAAUUGGGUUCUGCUGCGGCUGGUGUUUGGGGUGCUCCCGGGGCCGUGCAAGCUCCCCCUCCAGUGCCAGAAUUAGAAGAACAGCAGCCGGCGCCGGAGCUACCAGCGACUACUGAUCCGUUCGGACCGAUCAGGGAAAGGGCGGCACGGCGACGCAGCUGGUGGCGUCGGGCUCGGGAGUCUGUUUCCACCGGCCGUUUGUCUACGCCACCGCCGUCGACACCGACGACAGAUACCGGAGAUUUUGACUUGGAGGCCGAGGCCCUGCCUGGGCCUGAGCCUGUUGCGGCUCCAGGUCCAGAAGUGGUGCAAGAGUCGGAAGUGGCGUCCGAGCCCCAGGCAGGAUCAGCAGCUGAAGCAGUGCCCGAGGCUGAAACGGGGGGUCGGUCGCCGAUGACCGCGAACGACUCAUCACAGACGUUCUUGAUCUACGUCAUAGGAGGCAAGUCUGCCGACAGUACACAGCCAUUCUGGAACUCAUCGUUUGCAGGGUAUUAUCCGCCAGACCAUGGUCUUCUGGCAGACGGUGUGCAGUCUUUCGAGGCAUUAAUCCGAGAACUGGGCGAUCUACUUGGGCAUAUGCGACCGACCACGGCAACGAAGACAGACAUCGAACGUGCUGGCUUGCCGGUGAUGCACAGAGAUGGAUUGAAGAGCGCGAACGUUAUCGAUAAUUGCAUAGAAAAGUGCCUAAUCUGCCUGGACGAUUAUGAGGAAAUGGAUGACAUCCGGGUACUCUCGUGUCGACAUGCAUUCCACCAAGGUUGUGUGGAUCGGUGGUUGGAGACUGGCAAGAACAACUGUCCAGCUUGCAGAGGAAAGGGUGUCACAAUCGAUCCCAUUCCUCCAAGAGCGGCGAUGCCAGCGCCACCCACAGUCUGAUCUCGUCCAGGAUCGGAUCUUUCGAAAUUGCUUUCGUCGCACGCUAAACCCCAACUGCCAUCACUCACUCUGUACCCACCAUGAAUACUCCAUAUCGUUCGUUAUCCAGCAUCCAAUACGCGUCCCUUGUACUAGUACAGCCAUUUAGACUCCAAUAAUGUAUCAGUUCACGACUAAUGAUGAUUGAACACCAAUACCACGACGUGCACGUUUGAACACCCACCAUGGAAGACCCCCUCGCCGAGAUUAAAAACGUCGUCUCCCUCUUCACCGCUGCUGCGUCGCCCGAGAUCCAAGCCACUGCCAUCAAGCGCUAUAUGACGCCCGACGCGGGAUUCCGGCAUCCGCUCUGUAAUGUCACGCCUGGGCCGCGCUCGCGGGAGAGGGUCCUGGGCAUCUACCAGUGGUACCGCAUUCUGUCACCCACGAUCGAGAUUUCCGUGUCCGAUAUCACGCACAACGCGGACACCAACGUGCUCGUGCUCGACGCGACGCAGUACUUCCACGUCCGGCUCUCACCAUUCAAGCCCGCCCCGUCGCGCCUGCUGGUACGGCUGACGCUACGCGAGAUCGAUGGGCUGUGGUACAUCGCGUUCCAGGAGGAUUUCUACCAUCCCGACGAUUUCAUGGCUUUGCUCGUGCCACCUUUCUCGCCCGUCAUCCGCACGGCGCUCUCGCUCACCGCCACUGCAUCCGAUAUCUACGCCAAGGUGGGACAGCUGUUCGGCUUCUGGAGCGUGCACGACGUGGGAAGCACUGCUGGGCUGUACGACGACAAACGCGCAGACUGAGAUAGCGAGAAUGCUUUUCUCCAAGACUCCAUGUACAGUACAAACUGGUUGUAGCUACACUUGGACUCGGCCAUUAGUUUUUCUUC